UGCUCACUGGAAGUACAGAUCGUGAAGCUGAGGCUCCAGUACUUUGGCCACCUCAUGAGAAGAGAAGACUCCCUGGAAAAGACCCUGAUGUUGGGAAAGAUGGAGGGCACAAGGAGAAGGGGACGACAGAGGACGAGAUGGUUGGACAGUGUUCUCAAGGCUACCAGCAUGAGUUUGACCAAACUGCGGGAGGCAGUGGAAGACAGGAGUGCCUGGUGUGCUCUGGUCCAUGGGGUCAUGAAGAGUCGGACACGACUAAAUGACUAAACAACAACAACAACAAGACCAUGCAUGUCUAUGCUCUGCCUCCAACGACGCUUCUACCAGUUGCUUGAAACCACCAGAGGGGAGAGCUGCUCUUGCACUCAUGUUCUGCUCCCUGGUUUCCCACAGGCAUCUGACUGGCCACUGUGAGAACAGGAUGCUGGACUAAGCAGGCCUGCAAACUGCAAAUAAAUCAAGGUGUCCACGAUGUAAGCAAGAGACCUGCCAGCACACUUCCAAAGCUAAGCAGGGUCUGGCCCGGUUCCAGACUGGAUGGGGGGCCGCGUUGUUGCAAUUCCUACAUUGCAGGGGGGGGGUUGGACUAGAUGACCCACAGGGUCCCUCCCAGCAAGACCAUUCUACGAUUCCAUGAUCCAAAGGUCCCACGCCAGUUUUGGGCAAACCAGAGCAAACAGAAGCUUGAGGGCAGCGGGCCCCAAGGCGAUUUAAUAAUAAUAAUUUUAUUAUUUAUACCCCGCCCAUCGGGCUGGGUUUCCCCAGCCACUCUUCCAGCACAUAUAAAAACAUAAUAAAACGUCAAGCCCUGGUGAUCAUCUAAUGUUUACUGGAUGGAUUUCCCCCCCAAAUAGAUUUUUGAAUUCUGAAUUUAUUGUUAUUCAUGUUUUAUGCUGUAUUUUAUGCUGUUUUUUGUUGCAUCAGUUAAGUGUUUUAAAUUUGUUGUUAGCCGCCCUGAGCCCGGUUUUCUGAACCGGGAAGGGCGGGGUAUAAAUAAAAGUUUAUUAUUAUUAUUAUUAUUUAAAAAAAUAAAAAAAAUUCCCUUCCUGAUACAGGGCCGCCUUCAGAUGUCUUCCAAAAGUUGCGUGUUCCUUUCACCUCCUUGAUACCUGAUGGGAGGGCGCUUUCCCCCUCUAGCAGCAAGCGCUAUUCGCGGGUAGCGUGCCCUGGUCCAUGGAGGCUCGACGCGGCGACGCUGCCGUUCCCUGCCCGGCCGGAGGAGGCGGGCGCGCUGCCUUCGCCGGGGAGGAGCCGGAGCGAGAGCCGAGACGCUGCCGCCGCCGCCUCCUCCUCCUCCGCUGCGGGCAGGAAGAUGGCGAACGUGCAGCUGGAGUUCCAGGCCAGCGCCGGAGAGGCGGACCCGCAGAGCCGCCCUUUGCUCGUGCUGGGCCAGCUGCAGAACUUGCACCGCCUGCCCUGGGCCCAGCUGCGGGGGAAACUGCAGCCCAGGGUCACCGAGGAGGUAAAGGCGCGCCGGGCUCUCCCGGGGCAGGCGGGCUGGGCAGGGAGGAGAGGCUGCUGCAGGGAGCUCCCCCGACCCAUGGAGCUCGUCGGGGUCCCCACCCCAAACUGAAGCUCUCCUAAUAAUUAAUAGAAAUCUCCUUUUCCUCUUGCCUCGGGAAACGCUUCCUCUCUCUUCCCCCAGGCCUGGGCUGGGCUGGGGAGAGCGCCGCCAGCAGCGGUGGGGGUGGGCUGGAUUUAACAUAUAUCUCCUGUCGGUUAGAUAGCGCCUUGCUGGAAGGGGGGGGUUGGUUGGAGAGGGAGGACGGAACUUGCAAUAAUAAUAAUAAUAAUAAUAAUAAUAAUAAUAAUAAUAAUUUACAAAAGAGCCAUCUCUCAUCCUUUCAUUCUCACGUGCUGAAGCUCCGCCCCAGGUAAGGGGGAGGAAAUUGCUCCCCCCUGGAAGAAGCAGAAAUGCACGUGCUCUCAUCUCGAACCCGUCUCCCUCCUUGAUUUAUUUGCAGUUUGCAAGUUAAGUUUAUUCUCAGUAGGCAGCUGUACAGCCCUGCCCCUGUUUCUUCAAAGUAAGCCUUACUGAGUCCAAGGGGAUUUUCUUUCAGAUGGUAGCCUUGUAGCCUUCUCUUAAAGGUAACGGGGCCCCUGACCGUUAGGUCCGGUCGCGGACGACUCUGGGGCUGCGGCGCUCAUUUCGCUUUAUUGGCCGAGGGAGCCGGUGUACAGCUUCCAGGUCAUGUGGCCAACAUGACUAAGCCGCUUCUGGCGAACCAGAGCAGCACACAGAAACGCCGUUUACCUUCCUGCCGGAGUGGUACCUAUUUAUCUACUUGCACUUCGAUGUGCUAGGUUGGCAGGAGCAGGGACCGAGCAACGGGAGCUCACCCUGUUGCAGGGAUUUGAACUGCCAACCUUCUGAUCUGCAAGCCCUAGGCUCUGUGAUUUAACCCGCAGCGCCACUCGUGUCCUUUCUUGCUUAGAAGCAAAUCCCUUUUUAAGUUCACUUACUCCCAGGUAAGUAUGCCUAGGAUCACAGCUUCAAACCCUUUUUAAGUUUUUAGUUUUUCCUUUUUCGCCUAGAUGGUUAACCUACCCAAACUAGUUGAUUUUGAGUUUUGCUUUUAAAAACCAGCUGUGUUGCAAAUGCUUGGAUUUGGUGCAUGGGUGCGUAUUUUUGCCUGUUCUAGGUUCACUUAAGGAGGGAGCAAGUGUAACACUGCAUGGAAUUCAGAUGAGAGGAGUUUAGCUCAAUGGAAGCAGCGGGCCCCAAGGCGAUUUAAUAAUAAUAAUAAUUUUAUUAUUUAUACCCCGCCCAUCGGGCUGGGUUUCCCCAGCACAGGAGAGCAAAAACAGAAGAUACUCCCUUAAAAGAGGGCUUCAGUGAUUGCCUAAGGACAAAUGCAGACAGCUGUGCUAACUUUUGAGCCAUAGCUCAGUUGUGGAGAUCUGCUUUGCAUGCCGAACUCCCCAGCUUCAAUCCCUGCCCUCUCCAGGUACAGCUGGGAAUGCACCCAGUCAGUGCAGACAAUACUGGGCAAAAUAGAACCCGCCUCCCCCCAAAAACCCAGAAAGACUUGUGGCCCAUUAAAAACCCUAAAAGUCUGGGAAAUACUCAAAGGUCUCCUUUAAUCCUCUUUAACUUCCAUUCUGGCUUUUUGCAACAAGCAUGGGCAACAGAAGUUGGAGAGAGGAAGGAGACUUUUCUUUUAAAAGAUCUGUGCAUUAUAUCAACUCGGCACAGCAGCGAUUUAAAUAUACUUUGCAAAGCUUACCGGUAACUUGUCUGCGUGGGUCUCAGAUUUGUUGAUUUAUUAACUGUCCGGGAAGUCAAAACACAGGCCUUAAGGUCACUUGACAGAAUUUGAGCAAUUAGUUGCAGGGGUUGAGAAGCUGGCUGGAGGCUUCUGUGCGCUUCGAGGUCAACAAAAACCAGACGGAUUUAUUGGGCAUUGCUUUGACUUUGUUAUUUAGAGACUCCACGUCCCCAUUAUGUGAGAUUUUCGUAACUCUUAUUUCACUUUGCUUUUUGCUCCUUUUCGUGCUCCUUUUUCUUCGCUGCAUAGGUGCGAGGCUUGUUACCUGUUUUCUUUGACAUGUUUAGCAAAGAUGGGAAACAGUAAGUGCUUAAAGUGUCCCGUUCCCCCCCCCCCAGCUGUUGUUGGGCUUUCUCCCAGUAAUCCCAGCCAGCAUGGCUACCAGUGAGGGAUAAUGGGAGACAUACAGCAACAACAGCUGGAACAGCAGCAGUCUCCGCAUUCCCUUAUUAUGACACAAACUUUUGCGGAUUCAGAUCUGCUUCCUGCUGCAUCAGGAAAUUUAAAGCUAUAUGGGCAGAUAAAGCAUCUUAAUUUGUCUUGCUUGCCCUUUUUUUUACCCUGUGGCUGGUACACCUUUUGGCCACAUUCCUCCCCCCCCCCCCAAUACACCACACAUUGGUGUAUCUGGCAUACCUGGGAAGAGGCUUCGGCCUAGCUCAGUAUUAUUUACACUGACUUCUGCAGCAGCUAUCCAGGCAAUGUUAGAAACUCGGAUAUAUAAGCUAGGCACCAAAUGGCUCCUUAAACCAAAGUUACAGUCACCAAAACUAUCUAGUUGCCAUUAUGGGGACAAGAUAUCUCGAAAGUUCUAUUUUUCAAGUGAUUGACUGACUGAUUGAUUCUCAGUUAAACAUCUGGCUAGUUCAGCAGACUACCUUGAGCUAGGUUAAGAACUUUGAGAACUUAAAGAAGAAAAGUCACUUGAUCCAGGGACAGUCCACAUAAAUAUUGGCCUAUUCCGACCUCUCUUCCUUAAUGGUGACACAGACCAUUCAUAACAUAAAGAGUAUUCUUCACAACUGUGAGCAGGGCACUGGGGUGGGGUUAGUGAAGAGAAGCUACAACAAUUAACUACAAUUUUGUUCACUGCUCCUGCUCAGGCCGCACAGAAAAAAGUACCGUAUUUUUCGCUCUAUAACUCGCACCCGACCUUAACACGCACAUAGUUUUUAGAGGAGGAAAACAAGAAAAAAAUAUUCUAAACGAAACAAUGGAUUUUUGAUUUUUGUGGAUCAUGCUGUGGCCACAGACAUGUGAUCUGACAGUGAGUUUAGAGUAGCCCAAUGCAAAAAUCCUGAGGAUCCAUGUGGAUCCAUGCUUUGUAACCACGCUUUUGCACCACUGCGGCCCCAGGCAACAGUGGGUGCGUGAUUUUUUUGGUGCAAGAUGUAGCCAUGGACAUGCUAGGUGAUCUGAUGGUGAAUUUGGGGUGACCCAGUGCAAAAAUCCUGAGGAUCCAUGUGGAUCCGUGCUUUGUAACCACGUUUUAAGUGGGGAGGGAAGGAAAAGCACUCAAGGGACAAGGAGCAUGCGUGGGGUGGGUGGAGAAGGAUGCUGCUAAUAAUGCAGAAGAGGGGUAUAAGGGGAGAAGGCUCCUCUCCUCUCCCAUUUUGCUCCUUUAAAGAAGCAGGCUCUCUGUCCCUCUCUCCUCCCCACUCAGCGGCUCUUCUUCCGCUUUGCUGUUUCAAAGCGAGCCACGGAGGAGGGAAGGGGAACCAUGGAUCCUCUGCUCACGACUGCAGCAGAUCCCCCCCGCCACCCGUAGGCAUUCGCUCCAUAACACGCACAGACAUUUCCCCUUACUUUCUAGGAGGAAAAAGUGAGUGUUAUGGUGCAAAAAAUACGGUAUUUUGGUUCGUGAAAUUCAUUCUGAUUGUGCAGAUAAAGUAUAACUGAUAGAAUUCUACAGGAUGUGGAAUUAGUGUGUGAAAACAGUCAAGAUCCAAUGAUCCUUAGGCUUGCCCUUCCAGAUGGUGAAGAUGUCAGGCGCUAUCCUGGUUCCCAGUCAUCCUCACUUGGCUGCAAAUAGCUGAUAGCCAGGUGGAAAAUGUGCCUGGUGCCUGGCUAAUCUCAAACACUGAUUUAAGGCAGGGCUUCUUCCCCAUAGGGACGCGGGUGGCGCUGUGGGUAAAACCUCAGCGCCUAGGGCUUGCCGAUCGCAUGGUCGGCGGUUCGAAUCCCCGCGGCGGGGUGAGCUUCCGUCGUUCGGUCCCAGCUCCUGCCCACCUAGCAGUUCGAAAGCACCCCUAAGUGCAAGUAGAUAAAUAGGUACCGCUUUAUAGCGGGAAGGUAAACGGCGUUUCCGUGUGCUGCGCUGGUGCUGGCUCGCCAGAGCAGCUUCGUUACGCUGGCCACGUGACCCGGAAGUGUCUGCGGACAGCGCUGGCCCCCGGCCUCUUAAGUGAGAUGGGCGCACAACCCUAGAGUCGGACACGACUGGCCCGUACGGGCAAGGGUACCUUAUCUUCCCCAUAACUACUUGGAGAUGUCUGAAAUUGGGCCUGGAGCUUUCUGCACUCAAAGCAGUUGCUCUAACACAGAGCUAAGGCCCUUCCGCAUGUACCAAUGAAUGGGCAUAGAGCUCAAAUCCCCCUUGUGUUGUUGAGCUCUACACACCUUGAUUGGCGCGUGCCUAUCACAGAAUCGUAGUGUUGUAGAGUUGGGACCACAAGGGUCAUCUCGGCCAACGCUCUGCAAUGCAGGAAUCUCUUGCCCAACGUGGGACUCGAACCCACAAGCUUGCAAUGAAGUCUCAUGCUCUACUGACUGAGCUAUCCCAGUGUGCCAAAUGUGCAGAAGGUAGGACCAGCUCACCUGAUGUAGAGGUGAAAAUGUGCAGACUAUUCAUUGUGACCCAGCGACUCACCUCACAUAUUCUUUGAAUGCAUUUUGGAGGGGGGGUACAUCUGAACACGGCAUCUCCAUGGAAUGUGGGUAGCAACUCUUUCCCAGAUGUCUGCAUUUUAUUAGGUACGCCUGCCUUACUUCUAUCUCCCUUGUGUAAACGAUGGAAUUAAAGUCUAACGAUGGCUAAUACUGAAAAAUUCAGCUGCUGAACUUCCCAUUUUGGUGCAAACCAAAGCCAUUCCCGUUUCUAGUGCCCUCAGCCAUUUAAAUCCACAGAAGCCUAUUACUCGUCUGGUUUGCUUCCAAAAUGUAGACAGUGGAGAGGAGGGAAUGUCUGCUGAUAGCCAUAUCUUGGAUCUUUUAUCUGGACUCAGCCUUGUACUUUAGACCAAGAAGCCCAAACAACAGCCUGGGGCUUCUGCAACACUUUUAUAAUAAUAAUAAAAAAUCUAUUGCCUUUUCAGCCCAGUUUAAGAUAUUGGAAUGAAAAUGGUUUGGGCACAAACCAGCGCCAUUUAGUGAUUGAAUUUGGUACCUUGUGCAGUUUGUUCCUUUGAAAGAGUGGGUGACCAAGCUGAAAGAUUGUUGCUGCUGAUUAAUGAAUCUGUUGUCCUCUCCCUGUAAUGAGAGAUUAUGGGCUGAAAUCCACAGUUGGGCAAUACCUUUCUCAGGAUCAGCCAAAUUGCCACAAAAUACUGAGUCAGUUUUCAAGUUAUCCAGAACUCUUCAUUGGCCAAGAUGUUAAACAAAGCAGCAGAUGGGGUGGCAAAGGGGUGUGUGUUCUUUUUUAAGAACAGAAAUUAGGUGGGAUGUUGUUGCCUUGGACUCUGUCCCAAAAUGGAGAUUACAGUCCAAAUCGUGACAGAAGAAACAAGAAACCUAUGAAGAUUUGAGCCAGCCUAUCUAUUUGGAGAAAGGCACGUUUUACUUGUCUCCACACUGCAGCAACUACCCCAAAGCAAUUGCAAUCUGCUCAUAACUGAAGAUCUGUUUUGAGGAGACCAGCAAAAGUUGCCAGGCAGUUACGAUAAAACAGUCCUAUUGAAGGUGCUUUCAGAUGGGAGUUUGAUAUUGUAAAUGGGUCGUUGUCAACACGUUAUUGGUUUGGGGUGGUUGUUGUGUUUGGAUUUUUUCCUGGAGAGGGUAAACCCAGAUUAAACAGGGAAUAUGUAGACUGAUGUUUUGAUGCCAAUGACAUAGUGUGGGCACUGUGAAAAAUAUGCACUCAUUCCACAAUAAACACCAGUCUGGAAGCACCCUGAGUGAGACUUUUUGGCCCAUCUAGGCUAGUAGGUGUACACCACCAUUACCUACAACCCUCCCCCCAGGGUUCCUAAUGCAGGUCUGCCCAGACUUGUUUUACUGAGUUUCUUUAACAGGGUUCAGCCAUACGAGGCCCUUAUUAAUGAAUAUUAUUUGUUUUGCCAUGUUGAAAGAAGCGUGGGAAAAAUCUGAAAUACCGCAAGCUCUCUUUCCUUCUUGAUGUAUUGGUGGAGAUGCUCUUAAGCCAUUGUCAGUUCGCAGGUAUCACUAAUCCAGACCAUGGUUUAGUGCACAUGUGUGAGUGUGCAGACUCUUUGCACCUCCUGUUGCCGUUGUGCGCUAAGCAACAGUUUGGACGACGCACUAAACCAAACCAUGACUUAGCAGUUCAGCAGCAGAAGGACCAAGGAGUAAAGUGGUCAGUCUCUCCAGGAGAAAACAGGUUUGUGCUAAGCCAUGGUUUGGACUUAGGGUUGGAUGCGAAUCGGGUCAUGCUGUGAUCACCAUGUGGUCUGGGGGUUUUGCAUCACUGCAGCAUUGCUGCUGCAUAUCCCUCACCACCGUGGUAAGUCGUUUGCCAGGCUAAAGGGGUACAAUUGGGGGAAAACUAUUAACGGGUGGUGCAUCUUCUUUCUGAAGAAGGGUCUCCAAUCUUUCCCAUUGUUUCCUUUUUCUCAGUUAUGGCAAGCUGCGCUAAGCACCCUGAACCCAAACCCGACCGACAGCUGCCCUCUCUACCUGAACUAUGCUACUAUAGCCGCUUUACCUUCCCGGGUCAGCAGACACAACAGCCCGUCGGCUGCCCAGUUCCUCACGCGCCUCGUUCGGAACUGUCUCCCAGGAGGGACCAACAGAUGCAUCCUUGUAAGUGAAAGUGAGCAGCUGGAGGGAAGUGGCUUAAAAAUAUCUGCAAGCGCUUCAAAUGCAAAGGGGCUGAUUUAAAUGUCACUUUUGCUCCUGGAAGAACCUCGAAACACCUUGAUCUGCACUUGCAGAUUUGUGAUUCUUUUCUUGUGGAGGCAGUUGAUGCCUUUGGGUACACAUUGGUCUUAAAUGAUUCAGUUUUUCAUACAGGCAACUCGUAAUUUACGCAGGGGUUACAUUCCAAGGCACUGUGUGUUUAAGUGAAAUCGCAUAUAUUUGAAACGCUAUUAGGAAACCCUACGAACCCCCCAUUCCGCCCCUUCUCCUGAGGUUUUUGUGACAUUUUGGGGUCUUUUCUGGGUUCGGUGCGAUGCGUGCAUGUUUGGUUGCACACGUGCCUAAAAUGGUUGCUGUCUGUAUUUGUAAAUUUAUUGUUGUACUUUCCCUCCCCUAAAUCUCUUUGAGGGAUCUUUUUUUGGAAUCAAGUGGUGUGUAAGUUCUAUGAAAUGAAAAUAAAACAAACCAAUCAAUAAAAUUAUUGCCAACUUCUGAGUUUCAAGUCUCCCACCAGUGUUUAAUUUCUUAAAAAGGAGGCAAGAGGUCCCGAGCUCCAAGCCAGCAUCUCUGUACAGGUCAUUUUUAGUACUCUUAGGCCACAGUCCUAUAUUCUAGGGAGAAGAAACCUUUAGCCUUUUAAGUAUCAUUGGACUUCCAACUCCCAUCAGCCUCAGCAAAGGCAAUGGUCAGGGGAUUGUAGCUUCACAACACCUGGAGUUUCACAGGUUCCCGUGCUAUGUCGCACCCGCUUAAUUGGAAGCAAGCCCAGCAUAACUCAAUAUGGCUUCCUUCUGAGGAGACGUUUGGAGACCUCUGCUGUUAGGAGGCUUGACAUCAGGUUAUCAGGGAAGCUGCCUCCCCCUCAGAAGUGUGGACAGAUAUCUGAGCUCCCUAUAUCUGUGCUGAGCUCCAUAUAUUCCAGUCAUCCCCAAACUCGGCCCUCCAGAUGUUUAGGGACUACAACUCCCAUGAUCCCUAGCUAACAGGACCAGUGGUCAGGGAUGAUGGGAAUUGUAGUCCCAAAACAUCUGGAGGGCCGAGUUUGCCUGUGCCUGAUAUAUUCUUUCAGCCCUCAGCCCCUUCUCAGGUGUCUGGCACACAUUUGCUUUUCUGUUUCCCUUUCAGAUGGUCUGCGAGCGCUCGGAGGUCUUUGCCUCAGCCUGUGCUAUAGCAAGAGCUUUUCCGCUGUUCACACAGCGAUCCAGUGCCUCUAGACGCACAGAGAAGAAAAGUGUGAUCGUGGAAUUUUUCCUGGUUGGGCAGAACAAUGGCCCUGUGGAGGUGGAGACGCUUAAAGUAAGCUGCCGGUUUAAAAAAUUAAAAUUAAAAAAAUAUUUAUUUGGUUUUUCAGUUUACAGUUUUACAAUCACAUAUCCAACAUACAAUGUAACGACAAGAUUCCAUUGACUCUCCUGGACUUCCCUCCUCCCCUUUGUGGGUCCUAUUGUUAAUCAUUUCCUCCUGCAUCUUUUAUAAUGAUCCAGAUCUUUUACAUCUCUGUUACAUCCAAAAUUCACCAUUAAACUACAAUUGUUAUUCCAAUCCUACUAACAGUUUUUACGGUUUACAAUGGUUUUUAAGUUAAAUUAUACUUUUUGACACAAAAAUAAUACGGCGAUGUGAGUGCCGCAUACUUUGGGUUAAUGUUAAAGGCUUAUUUCCCCCCAGUUGCAUGGCUGGUUUUACUUUAGCUGGAUUUCAUAGAACACAACAGGCAAUUUGCAGACACGAAAGUGUGUUAAAAUUGAAAUGUAGGUGAAAUUUUAUGUACUUCAAAAGAAAGAAAGCUACAAGCUCCUAGGUUUGUUUACAGUAAUACAGUGAUAAAAAUGAAUAGGAAUUUGUGGUGCUACUUUCUCCUGUGUAGAAAUGAGUGAUUAGAUUUGCUAAGCUCAAUCCCUCACAAGUAGUCUCUGGUCUACACUACAGACUUCCAUGACACUUGUUGAAUUUUCCUGACACCCGGAAAGUCUCUGAGCAGUGCAGAUGCAGAUGAAAAGCAAAGCUGAAUGUUGUGAUGCAUAGACACUCUUGACAUGCUCCUCUUUCUUGUAUGAAUUCUAGUGUCUGGAAAGCGCUGCAGAAGGUAUAAGGCUGGCAGCUCGGAUCGUAGACACCCCAUGCAAUGAAAUGAACACCGACAGCUUCCUGGAGGUUGGUGAUAACCUUUUAACAGGCUUAGCUUGAACAGUCCGCUGAAUUUGGGAAGCUUAUGUCCAGGAUUUCACUGUAGCGAAGCUGUAUUUUGUCCACAAUGCUCAGGGAGGUGGCUGACUUGUCGCUUGGCAUUUGAUGACGAAUGGUUUGCCAUUUUGAACCAGGUGGCUUUAAUGAGGCCCAUAAAUCAGUAGGACUAAAUGAUCUAGGUUUUGCUUGUAGGCUUGGGUGGGUGACAUCCAGGAAAGAAUGUGCAAGGGUUACAGCACCACCACCCCCGAAAUUGGUCCCUCACAGGCCCUCUUUCGAAGGGCAUCUUCAGACAGAUUUCACGUAGAAACAACAAAGGGCCUUACCUCAUUCUUGACUACCUGAGGACAGUGACGUUCAAAAUGUCCAGGAACGCUUUUUAUUGCUGUGCUGAUAUAACCCAUCGAUGUUUGCAAGUUUUGGUGGGCAUGGAAAGACGCCCUGUAAAGACUGGAUUAAUUUUUCACAGGGCAGGUGAAUUUUGCCUCACUCGCACAUCUGCCAUAAAAUCCCUGAUGCUCCGCUCCCUCCCCCUCCCCCCCCCACAACCUUAGAGCUGGUGAGGGGGACAAUUCUUACCAGCAAAUUUACAAGCAAAUCAACAGCAGCUUGGAAGGUUUCGAAGGCUAGAAAGAUUCUUUUUUAGAAAAGGUCUUCAUUUGGCAGCAAAAAGACAUGGAAGUUUGUGCUAGGUGAAGCACAGCACAGACAAGGUUUUUAUAAAUGGGGACCCACCACCAAUAAGGCCCUUUCCCCAGUCACUGGUCCCCUUGCCUCAGAAGGUGAGGCAACCGGGAGGAGAGCCACUGACAAUGGUUUUGGUGUCCUGGGAGGUCAUUGCAGGGUCUAGGCGAGUGGUUGUUGCAUCCUGGUCCCUUGGAUUUGGGCCUUGGAUUCUGACUUUUGAGUUUAAGAAGCACAGUGUUUAAAGAUGUUGCGAUGUGACUCUGGUGUCUUCCUUCCUUGAAGGAAAUCAGAAAAGUCGGAAAGGACCUGGGGAUUGUUCCAACCAUUAUUCGAAAUGCAGAAUUGAAGGAGAAAGGAUUUGGAGGUCAGUCAAACCGAAGCGAUUUUCCACUCCCCCAUAUGAUAAAAUCUUGUAUGUGGUUAAGACAUUACUCAUGGGUAAUUCAGAUCAUUUCCCCAGCUCUCCUCUGUCUCUACCUCUGUCCCCAGGUAUUUAUGGCGUUGGCAAAGCAGCCGUGCACCCACCAGCUCUAGCUAUGCUGAGCCACACCCCGGAAGGUGCCACACAAACCAUCGCCUGGGUUGGGAAGGGCAUUGUUUACGACACUGGAGGACUCAGCAUCAAAGGAAAGGUGAGCGUGUCUGGAGACACAGCAGCAGCUGCACACACUCACUCGCACACAUCAAAAUUCAGUGUGUACUGAUGCCCCGCUUGUGUGUUCGGUAUGUGUGAAGGUGCCUGCCUAGCCACAAGUCCAGACUAGACGCAUGUGUGAUCUCCAUCAAUCCAAAGGGGGCCUUCACACUUGCAGAGUCCCUCUACCUGUGCAUUCACCCAUGUUCAGGUAGGGCUCCUUCAGACUGAUGCCGCAGGCCACAAUGGCUAUGUUCUCCGUCCAGUGUCCGAGGCCCUAUCAAGGGGUCAGCAAACUUUUUCAGCAGGGGGCCGUUCCACUGUCCCUCAGACCUUGUGGGGGGCCAGACUAUUUUGGGGGAGGGAAUGAACGAAAUCCUAUGCCCCACAAAUAACCCAGAGAUGCAUUUUAUUCAUGUAAAAGCGCACUGAUUCCUGGACUGUCUGCGGGCCAGAUUUAGAAGGCGAUUGGGUCAGAUCCGGCCCCUGGGCACCUCUGCAUACAGGUUGCUGAGAAUCGCAAGCGGGGAGAGUUGUCGUUGCACUUGGGUUCUGCUUGUGUGCUUCCCCUUUGGGGCGCCUGCUUGACCACAGCGAGAACAGGGUGCGUGUUAAGUUGUGGGUGAACAUAUAAGACGACACAGCGAUUCUUCAAACAGCUCUUGUUUAUUCACAGGCCAGAACAGAACUGGGCUGAAGGGUUCAGUCAGCCUGCUUAUAUAGAGCUCCAGUACAACGUAACUGUAACAAUUUUCUAAAACUAUCCAAUCACUGAAUGUCACUUUCGAUCCCUUAUUUGCAUAACUACCUACAGUAUCCCCCUGCUGGCCCAGGGUGAGAACUUCAGUACAUAACACCGUUGGACUGGAUGGGCCUUUGGCAAUUGCAUUUUUUAUCUUGUGCACCACUUUGAUAGCCUCAGGCUGUGCAGCCGUUUAUGAAUUUGCGAAAUAACUAAUAAAGGUUGGGCCGGCCUGGUGCAUUCUGAGAAGCCCCUUCACUAGUUGGGCACUCCCUGAAUGGCUGAGUGGAGCUUAAAGGUGAGGCAGUGUUUGUUAUCUGUAUAAUGCCAUCAGGUCACAUAAUAACUCCUACACAGAGUAGAGUAAGCCAAGAAGAAGCAGGUCUCUGCCCCACAGAGCUUACACUCAUUCUAAAUUUAGAUGGGGAAGGAGAGGCAUGAGUAAGCAAAGGAUGAAUACAGUUUAUGGCAAAAAUUCACUUGGAGGGUUGUGUGUGUAUUUAAAGACUUAACAGAUAAAGCCUGCAAUCCUAUCAGUACACACUUACCAGAGAGGGAGUUCUGUCGAACUCAAUGGAGUUUACUCAGUGAGGUCUACACUGCAGUGUUGCGCUGUAAUCACCUCAGCAUGGCUCUUUCAGCACCAAAGCUUUCUGCAUAAAUGAAUUUCUUUGUGUUUACAUUUGUCUAGACAACAAUGCCUGGGAUGAAGCGAGAUUGUGGUGGAGCUGCUGCUAUUUUGGGUGCCUUCAAAGCCACCGUAAAACAAGUGAGUGAAACUGAGCAGUUUUUAUCAAAGGCUGUAAUGCCUGUUUUAGCCAUGCAGUAGAGCCUUGGUGGUUCAGUGGCCUACCAGUGAUGUAACAUCACGGCCGUUCCUUAUUUCAGAGGAUUCAAGAAUGCAAUGCCCGCUAGAAUGGGAGACUAUUCCUUGAAGUUUGUCCAGCAAACAAACCCCCCUCAGGACAGGAGUUUUCAUUGCUGUGAUCCUUGCUGAAUUGUUCUUGGCCUCAGCCUGAUUCCACAGCUGACCUUUGGCCCUGUAUAUCCAUUUAGUUCAGUGUUGUCUGCACCAGGGAUGGGGAACUUGGUUGUUAAAUCCACCUUUAAAACUCUAAACUGCCUCGGCCCUGAAGGAGCAUCUCCACCCCCAUUGCUCAGCCUGGACCCUGAGAUCCAGCUCCAACGGUCUUCUGGCACUGCAAGAAGUCAGGUUACGAGGAACCAGGCAGAGACUCUUCUCUAUAAUCGUGCCAGCCCUGUGGAACACCCUCCUACCAGAUGUCAAGGAAAUAAACAACUAUCUGACUUUUAGAAGUUUCCCCUUAUUCCCCAUGAAUGGUGGCUCGCCCUUGCGUUAUGGCACUACAAAUUGAUGGUGGGGUGUUGCUCCCCUUUCCAGGUUUGGCAUUCCUAGAUUCCUCACCCCGACUCAGAAACAAAUACCAGGCAUGCCUAAAGCCAGGCUAGGCCCCUGUACAAAAUGCAGUCUAUUGUGGGCAUUGCACAGUUAUAUGCAUGGAAGGUGGGAGGGGAGACAAUAAAAACGCCACGCCUUGCAAUACUGUGACAAACUGAUGGGUGUUCUUUAAAAACGAGAAAGGCCAAAGAAAUUCCACUCUCGCUAUAGUGCUAUGAAUCUUGCAGGCAGACUUCUCUACCCAGCGAUAGUAUCCAGGGCUCUGAAAGCAUCUCACUGCAGUCAUUUAAUGAGGCAGCCGGGCAGCCAAGAAAUCUGGUGGGAGGCACUCAAAUGCUAAAUUAACAUUUCCCAAGGCUGCUGCUUUAAAAGGCAUUUUUCUUGCGUGGAGCUGUAUCAGAGACUUUGUUCACAAUAAAUAAAAAUGUGUGGUAUGGUUUCUCUCCUGUUAGCUUUAAUUUGUUUUGCAGGUUAGGCUCUCUCCUCAUUUCACAGCUCUUCUUUUGUCCUUACUGCAAUAGGGCUUUAAAGACAAUCUUCAUGCUGUUUUUUGCUUGGCUGAGAAUUCUGUCGGACCAAAUGCAACAAGGCCGGAUGAUAUCCAUGUUCUUUACUCCGGAAAGUAAGAUUUAUUUAUUCCCUCCGCUCUUACCCUACCUGGCUGCUGCCUAGUGCUUACUUUGGGAAUUCUCCACCUGCUCCUAACUUUAAAAAAUGCACAGCUGGGGCAGCACACCUGGUCCUUGGAGGAUUUCAUUGGCUCAGGGAGAUUGCUAAGCAUGAACAGGGAUAGGUGUAUAGGCCACAAUUGCAGACGGUACAGAAAAAGCACAGGUUGCAAUAUUGGGACUCAUGAAUCAGCUUCUCAGAAUCUCUGCUUUCAUUUGUGGGAAGGUUCCUGGUCCCUAUGAUUGGGACUGAUCUGCGAGUUCAUUUGGGCCAUAGAUGAGAGUGAGGAAGUGUGGCAGAAGGCAUUUCCAUCCCUAUACAGUCAUACCUUGGAUCUCGAACGCCUUGGCUCCCGAACAAAUUGGCUCCCGAACGAUCGAAACCCAGAAGUGAGUGUUCCGGUUUUUGAACGUUCUUUUGGAAGCCGAACAUCCGACAGGGCUUCUGCAGUUUCUGAUUGGCUGCAGGAGCUUCCUGCAGCCAAUCGGAAGCCACACUUUGGGUUUUUUUUAAUGUUUUGGAAGUCAAACAGACUUCCAAAACGGAUUCCAUUUGACCCCCAAGGUAUGACUGUAUUUUAAUUGGUAAACUUGAAUUAAUGUUUUUCUUGUGUAUUUUUUUUAACAUUUGUUAUUGUUGUUUUAGCUUGCUGUUUUAGCUUUUCUACAUUAAGGCGCAUAGCAAUUACCUAACUAGAUUAAAUGAAUAGAUAACCCUUAAACACUGCCACAUUAUUAUUGUUAUUAUUAUUAUUAUUACCCCACUCUUUCUCCAGAACUGUGGAAAUCAACAACACCGAUGCCGAGGGCAGGCUGGUGCUCGCUGAUGGAGUUGCCUACGCUUGCAAAGACCUUUGUGCCGACAUUAUUUUGGAUAUGGCUACUCUCACUGGCGCUCAGGUACUUUGAGUGAAAACAAAACAGGCUUUCUCUGUGAUAGCUCCCCGCUUUGAAACAAUUCUCCCCAGGGCGGCAUGCUGGGUGCCUUCUUACCAGAGUCUGGUAAGCUUCAGAGUGACCCCAGAGUUCCCUGGAGAAAGAGCUUGAAAACCACUGCUUUAGAUAGCAGUUACAGAAGGAGACAGUGACAUGUCUUCACAGCCCUCUCAGGUGCAGAACCUUCAGGGAAACCGCUGCAGUUGCAUGUGGAGGAAACUCUCUGCAGCGUGCGUGCCUUUCUGUUGUCUCCUUCCGCUUCCCCUUGGCUUGGCUUCCCUCCUUCCGCUUCUUCGUGGCUUGGGAUAACUCAGCUGUCCUUCUUGUUGGCUGAGGAGCAGCAGCAGGGGAGGAAGGGAAGGCAGUUGAGUAAAUAGGGAAAGCUACAAGAAAGUUAAGAGUGCUGUCUGGGGAAGACUGGUCCAUCAGUGCAAAAGUGGCACUGCCCCACCAACCUCUCCCGGCCCUUAGGCAACCGCUACCUGCCUGCUUUCUUGCUUGCAACCAGUCCAGGAGGUAUAACUUGCCUGUCAGCUUCCUCCUCACUCGCAGUGUUGCCCUCGUAGAACCCAGCAGGGAGGACAAUGGGGCAAAAUUAGAUUUGUUUGGCUCUGACUCCACCUACUGUGAGCUUCUCUGCCUUCUUCCCUACAGUCCCAGUGGGCACAAGCUGCUACUGGUGUGGUCCUUUCCCCCCCUCCCUCAUUUCUUUUUUCCCUUCCCUGCCGCCCAAAGCAUCUGCUAUCAAGCAGAGGAGGAAAUGGCUUGUAGGACACCAGUCUUUGUCAUGUGGGCGACAGGAGCAGGUGUCAGCAAUAAAUCCCAUGGAAUAAGUGAAGCCAACUCUUUAUUAGAAGAAACAAGGUCUGCUCAGGAGUGCCAAGCCUAAGGAGCACAACAGCUCUUUUCUCAGUAGGUCUUGCCCUUUUGAGGCAGUUGUGGGGACCAAAGGUCCCUGUCUUCCCACAGCUGCCUAAGUCUCCUCCCUUGGGUCCUUCCCAAACAACCUGAGACUCCGCCGCCUGGCCUUUGCACCUCCCUCUUCAUACCUCUUCUGGUACUGGGAGACCAGAUCAGAGGGGAGCUUGUCGCAGCAGGAUGAGGAGACAGCUUGGUUUUUUCACCAGCCUGACUCGUCUCUGUCUCUUGGCCUCCUCUUCUCCUGCUUUCCACCUCUCUGCCACAGACUUUCCCUGCUCAGUAAACCCUGCUCCUUCUUCAGCUUCCCAUGCUUCCUCUUCCCAGUCUUCUCCCUCUGACCACUCGUCGUCUUCUCACAACCACAACCCUUGCAGAUACUUCCUGGCAUUCCUCCAGCCAGCCCCAUGGCAUCAGGAGAUUGCAUCGCAGAAGCAAUCCAUGAGUCCCAUCUACUGUGUAGCACUUCCGAAGCACUUCAGAAUAUAGGCAGAAAUGGCCUGCCUCUUCUUGGGUUUCACGUUUUCCUUCUUGUCGCCUUUCAGGGAAUUGCCACGGGGAAAUACCACGCUGCUGUCCUCACCAACAACGAAGAGUGGGAAAGAGCCUGUGUCAAGGCAGGCAGAAACUGCGGAGAUCUGGUUCACCCUCUUGUCUAUUGCCCUGAGCUCCAUUUUAGUGAAUUUACCUCUGCUGUGGCUGACAUGAAGAACUCUGUGGCAGUAGGUUUAUCAGAUAUACUGUUAUCAGUUACUAUUUUAUGCCUACGCUGAGUACAAUGCCUGUGAGGCACUUUCUGCACUGUUUAGGGAAGUUUUUAAUGUUUGAAGUUUUAUUCUGUUUUUAUUGUUCUGUUGGUAGCCGCCCAGAGUGGCUGGGGAAACCCAGGCAGAUGGGCGGGGUAUUAUUAUUAUUAUUAUUAUUAUUAUUAUUAUUAUUAUUUUAUCACCAUCAGAUCCAAAGUGCUGUUGUGUAGAGCUGCUUUGCUUCUGCCUACCUUCUCUAGAAAUGCAAUUGAGCAUCAUUAUCUGUAGACUGAGGUUUCUGAAAAUGCUUCUUACUAAAUCCAGCCUCUUUUCUGCUCUUUUCUCCAGGACCGAGAUAACUCCCCAAGCUCUUGUGCUGGACUCUUCAUUGCUUCACACAUUGGGUUUGACUGGCCUGGUGUCUGGGUCCACAUAGACAUUGCUGCCCCAGUCCAUGCGGUGAGUUGUGUAUGAUUGAUUCCAUUCUCUUAAGUCAAAGGCCGGUAUAUCCUCACCGCAGCCACACAAAAUUAGAUGGAGCCAACAUUGCCAGUGAUUCAGAAAUGUUUUAAAUAAGUAAAAUGAAAGUUUUGAGUCUUUGUGGAGUGGGAACUUGUCCUCUGCAGUGCAAUAAUAAGCCAGUCCUCUGGUUAUGCACAAGCAAAAAAAUAGAAAAUAAAAUAAAAAACAAUGUUUUGAAAAUCUUACGAUCUUUUUCAAAGCAAAUGGCUAGCCUUUAUAGAGGAGGUUGAAAAUGGGUAGGUACUGCCUGGUGAAACCUCAGAAGUCAAAGGAAAGGUUUGAAAGUCAAGUCUUGCAAAUAUUUUGUCAGAAGUCCCACUGAGUUCAAUGGGACUUAACUUCCCUAAGUGUAAUACACCCAAUCGCAGCAUGAGUACAAAUUCUAGAGAUCAAGAGAGGCCACUGGACACCUGGGAGAUCCUUGCUCUUUCCUGGGAGCAUCAAAAUCAGUGAAACAAAAGCAGCAGAUACAUGCAGGUUUUGUGUAAUUUAAACAGGUUGUGGAAUUCAGGCAAUGUAACUACAAAGCAGUAUCCAGUGAAGUACUUCCACCACCGUAAAGUGUUGUUGCAAAACAGAACGUCCCUUCUCCUUUCGCUGCACAUCCCCUUCUCCACAUCUGCUCUGGAGGUUGGGGGGGGGGACCUAGAACAGUUUGGGGGACACGUGGGGGGAGGAGGAGGGGGAAUUCCAUUGUGCACCCAAAAGUCCUUGUGCUCACAGCACUUUGUUGGAUUACUGCCCAUGGUGUGUUGGAUUUUCCCCCUCCUCAUUUCUUAGCUUUAUGUAAAUAGCAGAAUAUACUAGUAAAAGCAUUGGCAAUAGAUGCAUUAAAACGCAACUUGUUUGAUAGAGGAUCCCUGUAUAUACGUUGUUGUUGUUCCCAUCUGACUUGGUUGCCCCAGCCACUCUGGGCAACUUCUAGCAAAUUAUAAAUACACAGUAUGUCCUAUUGAGUUCAGUGGGUCUUAUUCCUAGUUAAUUAGGUACAGUCAUACCGCGGGUUGAAUGCAUUUUGGGUUGAGCGCCUUUGAGUUGCGCUCCGCGGCAACCCGGAAGUAAUGGAGCGUGUUACUUCCGGGUUUUGCCGCUUGCGCAUGCGCAGAUGCUCAAAAUGAGGUCAUGCGCAGAAGCGGCGAAAAGCGACACGUGCGUACGCAGAUGUGCCAUCGCUAGUUACGUUUGCUUCUAGAUGCGAACGGGGCUCCAGAACGGAUCCCGUUUGUAUCCAGAGGUACCACUGUAUAGGAUUAUAGCCUUAGGAUGCUGCAGCGUGACUUAAUUUGUGUGCCUCUUUCCAUUCAGCUUAUUAUUAUUUUUAUUUCACCUAAACAACACACAAGCCCUCAUGGGCAGCAUUCCAAGCAUUUGCCUUCAGUGUUUCUCCCGCAUUCAGUGCUGAGACUCGCCUGUCUCUGCUUUUGCUCCUAGGGUGAACGAGCCACAGGCUACGGCGUCGCUUUGUUGCUCUCCCUGUUUGGCCGUGCCUCCGAAGACCCUCUCCUGAACAUGGUUUCUCCGCUGGGCUGCAAUGGGGACUCCCCCUUGGAAGAUAUGGAGAGAGAUUCCAAGAGGCGCCGCUUGGUUUAAUGCCCACUCUCCUCCCCCUUUGGAGAGAGGGCACACAGGAAUUACCUCACUUUGCACUGAAGGGUUUCCCAAACCACGAAAGCACCCACGUGUCGGAAAUGACCGAGAAAACGAAAACAAGUUGCUCACAUUUGAUUCUCCCAUCUCACUCUGGCAAAAGGCUGUAUUCUGUUGGGUUGGGUGUUUUUAGUUUUUUUAAUGCGCUUGGGGUUUUCCUACCAAACCUGGUGACUUUGCUGCUUCCAGUCCUUCUGGAGAAGGGGCCAGGGAUGUCUAUUCCCCCAUGUCCCUUUCAAAAAGUAUCUGAGCCUAUUACUGCAACAGCUUCACCUCUUGAUGCCAAUAGAGCCUUCCGAGUUAGUUCUGCAGGUUUCAUUUCUCAACCCCUCUGCUUUACAGAAUUCAAUAGUGUCGUGGGGUUUGGAGGAAUAUAGGGGUUACCACCUUGGGAGUCAAACACCAGGUGCAUCCCUUUAAAUCUCCUGAUGCUGCAGGGGAUGAGGCAGCUGCUGUGCCUCUUGGCCUCUUUCUCUGGUUUUUUUUUCACCUGCCGGGAGGCAUACCUGAAAUCCUGCUUGCCCCCAGGUCAGGACUGCUGCGCCGGAAGGAACUGCAGCUGCCAUGCCCAACAGCACAACAGGCUCCACUUCAGUUUGCAGGGUUGCAACCGCUGGGAUGAAGCCACUUUGAGGCUCUGCAUUAUUCACUUAGCAGCAGCAUAAGGGAGGCCUUGUUUUCUAAGGCAGCUUUUCAAUAAUAAUAUUCCUAAGCUACCAUUCAUGCAUGUUACAUCUUUCGCUGAUCAUUACGGAUCCGACCCUGUAAGUGGCCAGUGCAUUUCUCCACGACGGUUCUUAACACCCUUCUGCAGACAAACUUCAUCGACGUUUAGAAUAAAAGUGUUAAUGGGAGAUUAACCCUUAGAAUAAAACCCUUCCUACUCUCAA